CAUUUGUCGCCUAGGAAGCGUGGUGCGCGGGAGGUGCUGCCGGCCGCGUCUAGUGACAAGCGGAUAGACCGGAGAGGGGACCGGGCAGAGGAAAGAGGUUCUCCGCCAUUGCUGGACGCAUCGUGGGUGUGUAUAUGUCUGCCUCUGAUACCCCGUGUUUCCUUCCAGGACCAACAUGAGCUUGUUCAGUUCCAGCGGGGGCUUUGGCGCUGGAGGGACAGGAAUGUUUGGAGGAGGCACAACCGCUGAUAACCAUAAUCCAAUGAAGGACAUUGAGGUCACCUCCCCCCCUGAUGACAGCAUCGCCUGCCUCUCCUUCAGCCCCCCAACAUUACCGGGGAACUUCCUCAUCGCCGGUUCCUGGGCCAACGAUGUUCGUUGCUGGGAAGUGCAGGACAAUGGACAGACCAUCCCUAAGGCUCAGCAGAUGCACACAGGACCAGUGCUGGAUGUGUGCUGGAGUGAUGACGGCAGUAAAGUGUUCACAGCCUCUUGUGAUAAAACAGCCAAAAUGUGGGAUCUGAACAGUAACCAGUCCUUACAGAUCGCCCAGCACGAUGCGCCGAUCAAGACCGUUCACUGGAUAAAAGCUCCGAACUACAGCUGCAUCAUGACUGGAAGCUGGGACAAAACCCUUAAGUUUUGGGACACACGUUCCCCAAACCCUCUGAUGACGCUUCAGCUUCCUGAGCGAUGUUACUGUGCAGAUGUGGUCUAUCCUAUGGCCGUUGUAGCCAGUGCAGAAAGAGGGUUAAUAGUUUACCAGCUAGAGAACCAGCCCUCUGAGUUCCGAAGGAUUGAGUCUCCCUUAAAACACCAGCACCGAUGUGUCGCCAUAUUUAAAGACAAACAGAACAAGCCAACCGGCUUUGCCUUGGGCAGUAUUGAAGGAAGAGUCGCUAUCCAUUACAUCAACCCCCCAAAUCCAGCCAAAGACAACUUUACAUUCAAAUGUCAUCGAUCCAAUGGGACAAACACUGCAGCUCCUCAGGACAUUUAUGCAGUAAACGGCAUCGCCUUUCAUCCGGUACACGGCACUUUGGCCACGGUCGGCUCUGAUGGACGCUUCAGCUUCUGGGACAAGGACGCUCGGACAAAACUGAAGACUUCAGAGCAACUGGACCAGCCCAUCUCUGCUUGCAGUUUCAACCACAACGGAAACAUCUUUGCCUAUUCCUCCAGCUAUGACUGGUCCAAGGGCCAUGAGUUCUACAAUCCACAGAAGAAAAAUUACAUCUUCCUGCGUAAUGCUGCUGAGGAGCUAAAACCGCGGAAUAAGAAAUAAUGGAUCACGAUGUUUGGAUGUCUUUUACUUAUGUUCUCUGACCUCGUCGGGUUUCAUCUAUCAAGCUCUGCAAUAUUCUUCCUUGUGGUCAAAAUGACCCCAGAAUGCUGACAUACAAUGACACGUGUCCUGGCGGCCGCCAACUUCACUCUCCUGUGUACAGAUCACCCGAGUACGUAUGAGGACCUCAGCCCUGCCCGGUCUCUAUCUCCCCAUCCCUUGCUGCCUCUGUGGGACUUUGUGACUGUUGUGGGAUGGUGAGGCCUCAGCAUGCGGACAGAUAAAACUGCCUUAAAUCCACUGUGUAAAAUGAAAACUAAUUGCUUUGGUUUUUAUUUUAUAUCUGAAUAAAGCAUCAUUUUUAGUAAA